UCUAGUAAUUAUAGUAGGGAUGUAGUAUAAAGUCCUACUUUAGACGAGGGAGGUGUAUCACUCAGGGGGGGAAGCAAUGUGUCUACUUUUGAUUGGAAAUUUUGAAAAAAUUUUGAGAGUUGGGAAAACUGUCGCAUCAUUAAUAUACAUUUAAUUGAACGCAGCCACUGUAUCAUCAUCAAACAAAUGUCAAUGUCAAAAUUUAAAUUUAUGAACACAUAAACGUGGCGAAAAAUGUCUUUAAAUACCAGUUCAGUAAAUCAAACAAUUCACCAUAUAAUUGAGUCGCGUUAUGAAAAUGAUAAAGUAAUACUUGGUGCAUUUAAAGAACUUUCAAGUUUUUAUACCGAAAACACACCACAUUUACGAAGAAAUUUACGUAGUCAAAUAGAAUUACGAAAUAUUGCAAUUAAUAAUGAUUUUUUACGAUCAAUUUCAAAAGUAAAAGACAGUUUUGAUGAAAUAUACAACGAUAUUGCUACUAUGAGCCGUUCUGUAAAUGACAUGUCGGAUAGAUUACAAAAAAUUAAAUUGCAUAAUAAAAUACUUAUUGAAGAAACAAAUAAUUUACAAAAUAGAAAUAAUGAAAAUAGUUUGAAGAGAGACGUUGCUGAUGCAUUCGUUACAACAUUCCAACUAUCUCCAGAAACUAAGAAUGCUUUGCAUGGUACCAAUAAAAACACAACGGUUACUCCUGAAAUCUUUGUAGCUUUAGAUAAAAUAAAAGAUAUUAAUCAAGAUUGUCGAAUUUUAAUGCAAGCUGGAUGCCAAGUUUUAGCAGGCGAUGUUAUGGAAAAAAUGAAUUUGCAUCAAGAAGGUGCUCUUGAACGAUUGUACAGAUGGACUCAACAAUGUUGUCGUAGUACUGAUUUCUUUUCUAAUAUUGAUUUGCUGACUGAAUGUUUAUCAAGAUUGCAAGAUCGUACUGUUUUGUUUAAAUACGUGCUUGAGGAAUAUUGUACUGUAAGGAGAUCUUAUUUAGUUCAAACGUUCAUAGAAGCAUUAACAAAAGGAGGGCCCGAUAACAACCCACCUCCAAUAGAAGUGCAUGCUCAUGAUCCUCAAAAAUACGUAGGAGAUAUUUUAGCCUGGUUAAAUCAAGCUAUAUUAAUUGAACGUGAUAAUAUUCACAUAUUAGUCGAAAAAUGUAACAAAGCAGAUAUUACUGAUCAAGUUAAUAAAGCGUUAGAAAACAUCGUAGAGGGUGUUGUACAUCCUCUAAAAAUUCGUAUCGAAAAGAUAGUCACUGUUUCAGCACCAUCUACUUCAUUUUAUGCAGUGAAAAGUUUAAUACAAUUUUAUAAAUCCGCUAUUCAGGAGAUAAUCCAUGAUGGGCUUUUAUUAAUAACGUUAAAUGAAAUGUUAGAACUUAGCGAAAAUGUUUUUUUAAGUGUUUUACAAUCACAAGUUCUAACGGCAUUAGCAAGAGUUGAAGCCCCACCAAGAAAUUUAUCACCUACACCAGCAGUCAGUCACAUGUUGGUAGUUUUAAAUGAAAUUUUAACAACUGCAAGUAUGGGGCCAGAUCAUGAAACGGAUAUGAAAAAAAUAGUUUCGUGUGUUCUGGAUCCUGUUAUAUGCGCGAUUAAUGAACAAGCCUCAAGAUUGCCCACAUCUGAUAUGGCUGUAUAUUUAUUAAAUUGCAUGCAUUCGAUGCAAAAUACUUUAAGAAAAUUUAAACACAUGGAUGAUCGUAUGGAAAGAUUACAAGGAAUGUCCGAGGCUCAAUUAGAUACAUUAACGUCAGAGCAAGCUAGCUCAUUGGUAGCAAAUUUGAAUUUAGGUGCAAUUUAUACAAUAUUACAAGAUCAAAAAAAUGAACCACUUUCAAAUGUACCAGGAAUGGAACCAAUCAAUUUGAAAACAUCUGUGGAUAAACUAGAAGUUUUAUUGGAAGUACCUGACAUGCUUUUGUUACCACAAAUUUUAUUACUAACGUCAACCGAUCACAGAUCUUUAAUUCAAAAAAGAGCUUUUGAAGUUUUGGUUGCUAUAUAUAGACAACUUUAUGAUGCUGUUCAUAACCCUGAAAAUGGGUACCAAAACCCAUCUGUAAUUUUUCAUCGAGAUCCUGAUAAUUUGGCUAAAGCAUUGGAUAUAAAAUAAAG